AUGUCGACGACCGAACCUCCAACCUACAAGCCCGACAUACCCAGCGAGCCCGUGACCCAGACGACAGAAAACAUCCACAUCGAGCUCACGCCGCACGCCUUGGACUCCCUCGCCGCCACCCGCUUCGUCCGGUCCCCAUCUGCUGGCGCAACUGUCCUCUUCAUCGGCACAACCCGCGACACCUUCAACGACCUCCCUGUCUCCUCUCUAGCUUACACAUCCUACGCACCGCUCGCCCUCUCCACCCUGCAUAAUAUCGCCACCACCCUCCUCGCCAAACAUGCCCUCACGCGCAUCGCCAUCAUCCACAAGCUCGGCGAGUGCCCCAUCGGAGAGGAAAGCAUCGUCAUCGCGGUGAGCGCGCCGCAUCGGCAGGCAGCAUGGCGCGCGGGCGAGGAGGCGCUCGAGGAGACAAAGAAGCGCGCUGAGAUCUGGAAGCUGGAGCGGUUUGAGGGCGGCGACGGCGUGUGGAGGGCGAAUCGGGAUGGGGUUAUGGGGGUGAGGGUUGGGGAAGGGGAGGGGGCUGCGUGA